UUCACUCCACAAGGGCCACAAAUAUGACAGCCCCAACUAUGCCACUACCUACACAUUCGGGUACCACAGCAGGUUUGCGAGCAAUCCUCCUCUACCAAUCAGUCACAGGCUACAAAUAUGCCGGCCUCAUGGGUGACAUUACCUCAUUCUGCUACUGCAGCCUUCGCACAACAAUCUUCAACCAGGCUCUUGCAGCCAUCUGUUUUAGCAACACCUACUGCCUCCAAUCUACCAACCAGACAACUACUGCCGUCUACUUCCCUACAAACAACUCCAGUCCUGGACCCCUACAGUCUCCAGUCACCCAUCCAAAAUGCAGUUGCAGGUUUUACAGUUUGGUCCAAUAAGCUUGCCCUGUCUGAAGUCAUGUAUAACUGCUGUGACGACUACAACAAACGGGCACCUAGCGCCGACAGAGAGUCCUUCUGUGCCGACUACCUCGCCGAAAAUGCGUGGGUAUCAUUUACGUACAAAGUUAUCUAGUA